CCCAGAUGACUGACUUUCGAGAUGCAGAAAAAAAACAAGAAGCAGAUCAAGCACUUUGUGGCUGAAAAAAAAUGCACACAAGAACCAAGGAAUUCAUCACCUCUCUGAACCCUCACACCUUCCCGUGUCUUGUUAACUACGUUUUCUUCAAAGGCAUCUGGGAAAUGGCUUUCCAUCCCGACCUCAUGUACAAGGAGGACUUCUUUGUGGAUGAGCGCACCACAGUGCGGGUGGACAUGAUGUGGAAGACGGAACAAGUGAUUUAUAGCCAAUCGGAGGAGCUGUUUGCUACAACGGUCAAAAUUCCUUACAUUGGAAACGUGUCCUUAGUCUUCAUGCUCCCAGAUGUGGGAAAGCCCGACUCUGCCCUAAAUCACAUGAUUGCUCAAAACGCCACGCUUCUGAAAUCCAGUGGCAUGAGGUAUGCUACUCUGGAGGGACAUUCUAGAUUCACGUUGAAAUUUUGCUCAGAUCUCACUUCCUCUGUGCAAAAGUCUUAUUUCCGGGGAACUGAGAUUCUGCUUACAUCCAAGCAUCUUUGUGGAAAAUGAAACAAGCCAAGCAGGGACAAUGGUGGCCU